UCCUCCGUGCUCCGCCGUCAUUCGUCCAGGUCGCAGCCGGCGGAGAGAUCGUGUCGCGGGCGGACUGGAGCAGCGAGAGCCGGGUGUGAAUGAGCAGCUCCACCUGAGGGACCGAGAGAGAGAGAGAGGGGCGAACCGGGCUGAUCGCCGCCGUGCAUCGUGCCCCUUUCUCCGCAGCAACACGAGUGCCUCUCUGCCGCCCCCUGGUGACCAUGCAGAGUCUCUGUGCCGUGGUCGUGGCCCUUGCUGCUGUCGCCCUCAGCUCGGCCGACUCCGACACGCACAGACACAGACAUGACUCCCACCUGGAGAUCUACAAGCGGCUGUUUGAGACCAAGAGGAAGGAUCAGCUGAACGCGCUGAAGAACCUGGUGGAGCUGAACGACAUUAACCAGCAGUACAAGAUCAUAGACAUCAUGCUCAAAGGACUCUUCAAGGUGUUGGAGGACUCGAAGCAAAUCCUGGUCACGGCCAACAUGCAGCCGGACGACCCCUUCCCCAUGGACGACAAGAUCAAAGAAGCUUACUCCCAUGUGGUGGAGAACACGGCGUUUUUCGGCGACGUGGCGCUGCGUUUCCCCCGAAUCGUCCACCACUACUACGACAGGAACUCGGACUGGAGCGGCCUGCUGCGCUGGGGCCUGAACUUCUGUAACCAGACGGGGGUUUUCACCGGAGGAGCCCACCAGCAUGUCCUCACUCUCAUGUCACAGGAGCUGGGAAUAAUCGAUAAAACGCCAGACUUUUUAAACCCGUACCGCACAGAGAGAGACGAUGUGCUUCACACAGCCGAGGCUUUCCAGAAGAUCCUGAGGGAGGAGGAGAAGAGGAGGAGGAAGGAAGAGAAGAGGAAAGAAAUCAGGAAAGGGCCUCGUAUAUCACGCUCUCGCACCGAGCUAUAGCGCUGCAACUCGGCGUCUGUGCAGAGCGGCGAAGAGGAGGAGAGGAAGGCGCAUCCGCACAGUCCACACAGCUUGACUUGUAGACUCAGAUGACAGUGACGGAAAUAAAAGCUGCCGUCACUGGUUCACAAGCCUGGUGCUCUGUUGUGAAGAAGAGAGGAAACCUCGAUGUGACACAACAAAGUAAAACCCAGGUGGAUGUGAUUCUGACAAGGGUCCGAGUCGCUGUGAUCUCACACACAUUUGUAAUCGGAAAAUCUUACAUGGUGUAAAAGGGUCAAAGAUGAAACGGGAGUUUUAAAAACAAACGGGAAAACUCAUUUUUGAUAACUUGACGAUUACAUUAUUGUACUUUGGAAUAUAUGAAAUUUCAAUAAAUUUAGCUUCAGAACUUUGCAAACCCCCCCAGUGUUCUGUGUCUGGUGUAGAUUGAAUUUGUCCAAACUGCUUAAAAUACGCGUGGCUGCCAAAUAUCUAUAAAUAUUUGACCUCAGCUCAUUGAAAUGCAGCCUGUUUCUGAAAAGGUACAGUUUGAUGGAAUAAGAUGUUAUUUACUUUUGUCAUCAUUUCUUUGAAGUGAGAUUUGUUGCUGCUGCUCUGAGUUGAAAUCACGUCUCUGUUAUUUGUUUGCUUGAAUCAUUCUGAAUAAUUUUUGUUAUCUGAGUGGAUCAUCAGCCAUGUUUCCUUUUCACAUUGAUUCUAUUUGUGAUUUAUUUUCAGACCAAUCCCUGCAGUUAUUUUAUUAAUCACUUGUUAAUCAGAUUCUCUUUGUAAAGAUCCGUAAACGACGCGGUGUGUGACUCCUCAUCCUGCUGCAGCUCCCUGCUCCCGUUUCUGUUUCUGUUUCUUUAUCUUUUUCUUUAUCAUUUUCGUUUCAUCUUCGCUGGAAAUUGGUAAUAAAAUAGUUUAACGGCUGUUAUCAGACUAUAUGUAUAUUCAGAGACAGAAUAUCACUGCUGCAGAAUGAACAAGCCAUUUUGUUAUCAGAUUUAAAGAAAUAAAGUGACUGAUAUGUACAACA